AACAUCUGAGUUUCCAUGGCAACUGAGCAAACUCGCUUUACUGAUGAAGACCACGCCAUAUGGUCAAAAGCCCCAGAACAACAGGAAGAACAGAUCGCUGACAGACGAGAAGAGACGAGACGACUGAGGCAGACGGAGCAGAAGAAGAAGAAGAAGAAGAAAGAGAGAGAAAACAGCCGAAUAAGAAGAGAGGAAGACAGAGGAAGAGACGAGAAGCAAAGCAUCAUGGACGCUCUGAAGAAGGGAUUCUCCAUGGCGAAGGAUGGAGUGGUGGCCGCCGCCGAGAAGACGAAGGCCGGCGUGGAGGAGGCCGCCGCCAAGACCAAGGAGGGGGUCUUCUACGUUGGAAACAAGACGAUGGAGGGAGUGGUGACCGGUGUUAACACAGUUUCCCAGAAGACGAACGAACAGGCCAACAUCGUUGCCGACACCGCGGUUGCCGGGGCCAACGAGGUCGCCCAGGCAACAGUGGAUGGGGUGGAGAACGCAGCGUUGGCGAGCGGGUUAAUCAGCACGGAGGAGGCGGGACCAGUGGCUGAGGAGGCUGACCUCCCAAAAACAAACGCAGGAGGAGAACAGACCGAACAGGCUGCACAGUAGACUCUCGUCCUCUCCGACCUGCAGUCACUUCCUGUUUCUUCCUGUCCAAUGAGAGAAGAGGAACCGUUACAUUUUUAGCUGUCGCUCAACCCUUUGACCUCUGACCCUCCCUAACCCUAAAACAUUCUUCAGCUACUGUGCAUUGUUUAACUCAUUAACUCAUUAACCAAUAGAAACCCUCCUCCUCAUCUUCCCCUCCCGUUGCCAUGGUUACACUGCCUCUGCAUCACACUACACUCGUCGUACGCACUGAUGUCAGUUUUUAACACUCAGAGAUGAAUUUAAUCAGGUCGAAUGCACCUAUACUCUCAGCUGAUUGGUCGGCGUGGGAUGACAUCACCCAGGCCGAGUGUCCUACAAGCCCCGCCCCCUCCUGUCGAUCACCAGGCCGACCCCGCCCCCUGACAGACAGAUAUUUGAAGCCUUUUAAAUGCAUGUCGCUUUACUGACACACACUUAAAAUACUAGAAAACACACACACACACCUACUAAUAAUGACUCACACACACACACUUCUGUCUGUGUUGAUUUAACUGAGCUUCACAGCUGAUUCCUGCUUUUACAAAACAACCGAAGUGAAAUAAACGAUUUUGAAAUCCA